ACGAACAACUCCGAACUGUGUCUAGGCGCUUGCGCGCGUGAGUACCGUAGUGUGUGUUUUUGUGUGUGCGUGUGUGUGUGUUUGUGUGUGUCCGCGUGUGACGUCACCCUCAGACAAAGGUCCUCUCGUGUAGGAGCGGCGGUGUGUGAGCAGAGGGAGGCACGGCGCGGGACGGACACAGAGAGUCUGUAUGCAGGAGAAAAACCAGGAGGAGAAGAGUAAGAGAGAAUUUGUAGGAACGUUAAAAUGAGAAGAUUCCACGUGUCUGUUUUGGAUUCGGAUAACAACCAGCUGUCUCUCUAGACCGGCCGAGGAAUCCACAUUUGGGAGGAAUUUUACGCACAGCGCGUCAAAGUGUUGGGCUGAACUCCGCACCGCCCAAGCUGAAAAGGACCCCGUAACAGGCAGUCAUCAUGAUGAUGUCGGAGGAGGACGCGGAGCAGUGCUACUACAACGAGAGCAUCGCCUUCUUCUACAACCGCAGCAUGAAGCCGCUGGCCCGCGAGUGGGACGCGGUCAGCAAGCUGGUGAUGGGGCUGGGCAUCACGGUGUGCGUCUUCAUCAUGCUGGCCAACCUGCUGGUGAUGGUGGCCAUCUACGUCAACCGCCGCUUCCACUUCCCCAUCUACUACCUGAUGGCCAACCUGGCGGCGGCCGACUUCUUCGCGGGGCUGGCCUACUUCUACCUGAUGUUCAACACGGGGCCCAACACGCAGCGGCUCUCCGUGUCCACCUGGCUGCUGCGGCAGGGCCUGAUCGACACCUCGCUCACCGCCUCCGUGGCCAACCUGCUGGCCAUCGCCAUCGAGCGUCACAUCACCGUGUUCCGCAUGCAGCUGCACACGCGCAUGAGCAACCGCCGCGUGGUGGUGGUGAUCGUCGUCAUCUGGACACUGUCCAUCGUCAUGGGCGCCAUCCCCAGCGCGGGCUGGAACUGCAUCUGCGGCCUGGACUACUGCUCCAACAUGGCCCCGCUCUACAGCAACUCCUACCUGGUGUUCUGGGCCGUGUUCAACCUGCUCACCUUCGUCGUCAUGGUGACGCUGUACGCCCACAUCUUUGUGUACGUGCGGCGGCGCACCAUGCGCAUGUCCCGCCACAGCUCGGGCCCGCGGCGCAACCGGGACACCAUGAUGUCCCUGCUGAAGACGGUGGUGAUCGUGCUCGGAGCCUUCAUCCUGUGCUGGACACCAGGUCUGGUCCUCCUCCUGCUAGACGUCUUCUGCCCCAGCUGCACCGUCCUCACCUACGAGAAGUUCUUCCUGCUCCUGGCCGAGUUCAACUCCGCCAUGAACCCCAUCAUCUACUCCUACCGCGACAAGGAGAUGAGCGCCACCUUCAGGCAGAUCCUGUGCUGCCAGCGGCAGGAGAACCUCAACGGGACCGUAGCGGAGGGGUCCGACCGCUCGGCCUCGUCCGUCAACCACACCGUGCUCAGUCCUGGGGGCGGCAGUAGUGGUGGUGGUGGUGGUGGUGGAGCACACAACCAACACCACCAGCUUCAGCACCACAACGAACACUCAGUGGUGUGAGCGGUGAUCCCGAGGAACGGGGUGUGGAGGGAGGGGUUCAGACUUAGAUCAAGGGUUCUAGAACUUUUUCAUGACGGGACCCCAAAGGAAAGGAGGGGGGUGUUUGACGGACAGGCUGCAGAAUACGCACUUAGACCAUGGAGAGGUGGAGGAAGUGGAACUGAGGAAGAGGAGGAUGUGAAUCGUGGUGAAUAGGAUGAGGAAGGGGAAGGGAUCAAUUGAAACAGAAUCAGUGGCUGUUUUUGGUUUCGUUUUGUUGUUGUUUUUUCUAUUAAACCUGUUGUGUUUGCAACUGAUAUAAACUAUUUAAGGAGUAAUCUGUGAAGUGAAUUUGAUGCCAGUACAGCCCUGCUCUUCCUGUUUCCUGUUAAACUCCGUCCAUUGCUGUUGUAGUUAUUUUCAUUUGUAGUCCUCAGGCCAUCUUUGCCCACAUAACUGUUUCUAGAAAAUGUACAUGUUAAUGUGUUCAUUUCAACAAGCAGCCACUGUUUCUUUUAGUUUAGGUUUUAGUUAAAGUUUCAAAUUCAGUCUAGGUUUUAGUCUUAGAUUGAUUUGAAAAAGACUCAUCCUCCAGUCAAACUUCUGGACCAUGGAAUCAUGGGAAAUGUAGUCUAUUGGUAUAUUAUUCAAGGACCAUGCAUGUUGUUUUACAGUUACUUAAAUGUCCGGCAAAAAAAGUGUAUUAAGAAAUCCAGGAGGUCAUAUUAACCCUCCCAUGAUCUGUCAACUUCUUUGUCCUAUAUACAGUUUACAUUAACUAUGUCGUGUCUGUGAUUGUGCGUGCACAUGUGUGUGACUGUGAAGCCAUCCCAGUAUUGAUCCCAGUAUGACUCAUGAAGGCCUUUCCCCAGUAUGAAGGAACUCCGUAGAGGGCGGUAGAAGCACUAUUACUAUGUUAGCACAGGUUCUGCAUCCAGGGGGACUCUGUGAUCAACUGUCUGUUGAUUUAGGUUCAAGAUGUCUUGAUAUAUUCAUUAUAGUCUUUUAUAACAUGAAAUGUGUGCGUGCAGUGUUCAUGUAAAUAAGAGAGUAGCCGACACUAAA